GGACCAUGUGGCAUCACUUGCCUUCACGUGUUGAUUUAACAAUAAUUUUGGCUCCCAUUUACUGACUGUAACAUGGGCAAAAUGGGCAAGAAGAAGGAAAAGCCGGGGAAGAUGACCAAGGCGGAACCAGCCUCCUCAACGAAAAAUGCUAAGGCAACUGCGCCGGCAGCCGUCGACCCAGAGAGCGGCAUUUGGAAGGAUGAACGUUUUCAUCACCUUUUGACGGAUCCUAGAUUCCGGGGAGUACCCAAGGUGCAGCGAAAGGUGAAGAUCGACCAGCGCUUCCAAGGCAUGUUCACGGAUGAGAAAUUCAAAGUCAAGUAUACCGUGGACAAGUACGGCCGGCCAGUAAACAAGAGCAACGCGGAGGAUCUUAAAAAGUUCUACGAGUUGGAUGAAGACAGCGAUAAAGAGCAAGAGGAUGGGGAACAGAAGCCGGAGAAGGAAGUGAAGAAGAAGGAGAAGACCAAGGCUGAGACUGACUCUGAGGAGGAGCAGGAGGAACGCCGUGCCGAGGAACGUGCCAUAGCCGAUCUUGAGGAUCAAAACGAACUGGGCAACGAUGCCUUAGAUAGCGAAGAUUCUGAUGUUCCCGAAGAUCUCCGCAAACGUUUGACCAAUCCGGACGUCGAUUACGCCCGCGGCGAGGGCGGCAUCACGGACUCCUCUUCUGACGAUGACAGUGAAGAUGAGGAUGACGAGGGGCCUGAACUCCAAAUCGACCAUGUGUGGGGGGAACUCGACAACGACGCUGAAAGCACCGAGGAAAGCACCCGUCGCCUGGCCGUCUGCAACAUGGACUGGGACCGCAUUCGGGCGAAAGACUUGAUGGUCAUGCUGAGCUCCUUUUUGCCGCCUGGAGGGACUAUUCUCAGUGUCAAGAUAUACCCCUCACAGUUUGGUAAAGAGCGUAUGGCUGAGGAGGAGGUGCACGGGCCCAAGGAGCUUGUGGAGCGCAAGGAGGACGCCUCAGACGAGGAGGAGGAAUUGGUGCGGGAGAAUGACAGCGAUGCAGAGGAGGGUGAUGACUACCACAUGGAAAAGCUGCGGCAGUACCAGCUGAAUCGCCUGCGUUACUACUACGCCGUCGUUGAGUGUGACAGCGUCCCUACUGCUGAUAAAAUUUACCAGGAGUGUGAUGGUAUCGAAUACGAGAGCUCUGCGACUCGCGUGGACCUUAGAUUCAUUCCUGAUGAUACCACCUUCGAUGAAGAUGUGCCGACCGACGAGUGCCUGGAGCUACCGGACGCCAGCAGCUAUAAGCCCCGUCAGUUCACAACGACGGCGCUGCAGCAGGCCAAAGUGGAUCUCACCUGGGACGAGACUGCUUUGGACAGACGGGAGCUGGGCGACAAACUGUCUUCGGGACAGGUGGACAAGCUGACGGAUAAAGAGCUGAGGAAAAUAGUGGCCUACAGCAGUGAGGAGGAAGAAUCUGCAUCAGAGGAGGAGGAGCCGGAGAAGCCAAAGGAGAAGGAGCCGUCGCAGCAGAAGCCCAAGAAGCUCUCCAAGCAGGAGCGCAUUGCCAACUACAAAAACCUUCUUGCUGAAAUUAUGGAGCAGGAGAAGAAGGAAAAGGAGCAGAAGUAUGAAAUGGAAAUGUCGUGGCACGUAGAGACGCCCAAGGAGAAGGAAGAGGAGGAGCAGCAGCCAAAGUCGGGCCAAGCUCAACUGACUCCCAUCGAGAAGAUGAUUCAAAAGCGCAGCGAAAAGAACAAGUUGCGGAAGGAACAGCGUCGACAGAAGCAAAUCGAAGCUCAGGGAGGCGAUGCUGGCGACGAUAGCGAUGCGUCCUCCGUGCCAGAUGGCAUUGAUCUAAACGAUGCCUAUUUCGCCGAGGAGUUCGCCAAUGGUGAUUACGCGCCACCAAAAACGAAGGCUUCUAAGGAUAAGAAAAAGAACAAGAAGAAGAAACAAAAUGGACAGGAGGAGGAUAGCGAAGCGCUACAGAAAGAAAGAGAGCUGGAACUCCUGCUGGAUGACGGGGACGAGCGUGAAGAGAAGCAGCACUUCAGCCUGGCCAAGAUCCUCAAAAAAGAAGAGCAAGAGUCUGGUGGCUCGAAGCGGAAACGUCGUCAGCAGCUGAAGAAAUCCAAACAGGCCGGCAAACCAGUCUCCGAGAAGCCUGACGAUGAUUUCCAUAUGAAUGUGGACGACAACCGCUUUAAGGCGGUUUAUAGAUCGCACGAGUACAACAUCGAUCCCACCCACUCCCACUACAAGGCCACCAAGGGCAUGCAGCAGAUCAUCGGGGAGAAGCUGAAGCGUAGGCAGCAGCAGGCGUCAGGAGCCAAUGGGGACGCGGAUGGGGAUGAGGAAGCUACGGGGCCCAAACGUAGCAAACAGCAACUGGAACAGAACGCUUUGGUGAAGAGCCUGAAGCGUAAGCUCCAGCAGCGGGAGCAGCAACCUUAGGACAGUAGCACUACUAAUCUUAGUAUAGUUACGGCACUUAAAAAUAAAAAGAUACUGUUAUUUCUACAUUGA